ACACCCCUCCAAAAUAAGAAACCAGAAAAACAAAUCAAACACACCAUUUAUACUCCAUCUUCUCUUCUGUUCUUCCCUAACCCUAAAAUUCCUCUUCAGAUCUACAAUUCACUCAAUAACACUCUACAUUCAUCGAUUCCGUAACUCAAAACCGUCACAAUUCGUUCAUCGUUCCGUCAAUUUCGUAUAACAUGUUCCAAUUCGCACAACAAAAGAUCAGAAAACGGAUUUGAUCAUCGUUUGCUUUGAUUCAAUUGAAAUCGUCCGAUAUGUCGGACGCAUUCACAGCAAUUCCGGCUGCCGUUCUUCGGAAUCUCGCCGAUAAGUUAUACGAGAAGCGGAAAAACGCUGCUCUUGAGGUUGAAGGAAUUGUGAAGCAGUUGACAGUUGCUGGAGAUCAUGAUAAAAUAAGUGCUGUGAUUAAGCUGUUGGUUCAUGAGUUUACUUACUCUUCACAAGCGAAUCAUCGCAAGGGAGGGUUGAUUGGAUUGGCUGCUGCUACUGUUGGUUUGAGCUCGGAAGCUUCACAACAUCUUGAGCAAAUUGUACCACCUGUGAUCAACUCUUUCGGUGAUCAAGAUAGCAGAGUUCGUUAUUAUGCUUGUGAAGCUUUAUACAAUAUUGCAAAGGUUGUGAGAGGAGACUUCAUCGUGUUCUUCAACCAGAUAUUUGAUGCAUUAUGUAAGCUUUCAGCUGAUUCAGAUCCCAAUGUCCAACGUGCAGCUCAUCUUUUAGAUAGACUUGUGAAGGACAUUGUGACAGAGAGUGAUCAAUUCAGCAUUGAAGAAUUUAUACCUCUGUUGAGAGAGCGAAUGAACGUGUUAAACCCUUAUGUCCGUCAGUUUUUGGUUGGAUGGAUCACAGUGUUGGACAGUGUUCCAGACAUAGAUAUGCUCGGUUUUCUUCCCGAUUUUCUUGAUGGUUUAUUUAAUAUGUUAAGUGAUUCCAGUCAUGAAAUCCGACAGCAAGCUGACUCAGCACUUUCAGAGUUCCUUCAGGAAAUCAAGAACUCACCGUCUGUAGAUUAUGGUCGCAUGGCAGAAAUACUUGUGCAGAGAGCAUCUUCACCUGAUGAAUUCACUCGUUGGACUGCAAUCACCUGGAUAAACGAGUUUAUUAAACUUGGCGGUGAUCAGCUAGUUCCUUAUUAUGCGGAUAUGUUAGGAGCUAUCUUGCCUUGCAUAGCCGAUAAAGAAGAAAAGAUACGUGUUGUAGCCCGUGAAACAAAUGAAGAGCUUCUUGCGAUUAAGGCUGAUCCUGCUGAAGGGUUUGAUGUUGGAGCAAUCCUCUCCAUUGUAAAGAGGCAGUUGUCUAGUGAAUAUGAGGCCACCCGGAUCGAAUCAUUGCACUGGAUUUCAACGCUUUUAAAUAGACAUCGUACUGAGGUCCUGUCGUUUUUGAAUGAUAUAUUUGACACACUUCUUAAAGCAUUGUCGGAUUCCUCUGAUCAGGUAGUGCUUCUAGUACUGGAGGUGCAUGCAUGCAUAGCGGAGGAUCAAUAUAACUUCCGUCAGCUUAUUGUUUUCCUAGUUCAUAAAUUCCAGACUGAUAAAGUACUCCUGGAAAAGCGUGGUGCUUUGAUUAUCCGCCGGCUUUGUGUACUUAUAGAUGCUGAAAGAGUUUACCGGGAACUAUCUACAAUUCUUGAACAGGAAGCUGACCUGGACUUUGCAUCUACUAUGGUUCAGGCUUUGAAUUUGAUUCUGCUUACUUCUACCGAGUUGUCGGGCCUGCGGGAUCUUUUAAAACAGUCACUAGUAGAUGCUGCUGGAAAGGAUUUAUUUCUUUCACUAUAUGCGUCAUGGAGCCAUUCAUCAAUGGCCAUAUUAAGUCUAUGCUUAUUGGCACAGGCUUAUCAGCAUGCAAGUUCAGUCAUUCAAUCUUUAACGGAGGAAGAUAUUAAUGUCAGAUUUUUUAUUCAGCUGGAUAAAUUAAUAAACCUAUUGGAGACUCCAAUUUUUGCUUAUCUUAGGCUGCAGCUUCUUGAACCUGGAAGAUAUAUAUGGUUGUUAAAAGCCUUAUACGGUCUUCUUAUGCUGCUUCCGCAGCAAAGUGCAGCCUUUAAGAUCUUAAGGACUCGUUUAAAAACCGUACCUUCAUAUUCAUUUGACCACAAGGGGCAAGUCAACCGUACAUCAUCCGCGAAUCCUUCCAUACAUUUUUCAGAUGAUGGUGACGGUAACAUGAACAUGCAUAAUGGAAUCGACUUCGCAUUUUGGCUGCAAAGGUUCCAACAGAUUCAGCAAAAACAUCAUGCACAUUUUAAAUCACAAGCACGGUCAAACAACACUUCGACACACACCUCAAAGGUGAAGGAGGUCCAAAAACCCGAAGAGUUUAAAGGACCUCCUGCGCCAGAGUUGAGCAGGCCUCCUUCAAGAUUAUCCCGUAGAGGUCCCGGACAAGUAUAACUAUGAUGGUGGAUGUUGACCAAAGGCUCAUCUUGAUACCAUAGUCAAAAUCGGGUAUGAUUUGUAUAUUGUAUAUCGUGGUAUUCAUUUUCAUUGAACUCGUGAAGGCGUUUUUCUGUUUUACUUUUCCGGUCUCCAGAAUCGUGCUUGGAUGUCUCCGAGCGAUUAUUCUUUACUCUGGACUGUUUUAUUGCUCUUGUGGUUGUGUUAUUUUUGUUGUAAACCACAAGACCAGAGUUUUGAUAAUGUUUCUAAAAUAAGUUGUAAGAUUUCUAUUUGAGACAUUUGAUUUUAUUUCAAAAUUUCAGUUUAUGGUA